CUGGGACAACUGCUGACCGCGGAGAAGGCUUUUGCCAUUACCGCCUACUAUAAUAUUCUGCGCAAUACAAUGACCAUCUAUUUUCCCAUGGGCAUCUCGCAGUUCGCCGAGCUGCUCGUUUCCAUAGGCCGCAUACAAAAGUUUAUGAUGCACGAGGAGACCAAAGUGCGCGACAAGUCCAACGAUCUGAAUGAACAAAAGCUGGGCAAUAAACCGCUAGCCAGCCUGGUAGAGGAGCCAGCGGCGACAGUCACCGGUGUGCUGAAGGCAAGCAGUCGCCGGCCCAGCGAGGCUGAGAGCAGCGUAGUCAUCAGCAAGAUGAAGGCCAAGUGGGACUCAAAGUCGACCGAGUACACGCUAGACAAUCUGAGCCUCACGUUCAAGCCGCGGCAGCUAGUGGCUGUCAUUGGACCCGUCGGUGCCGGCAAAUCCAGUUUGAUACAGACCAUUCUCGGGGAGUUGCCGCCCGAAUCGGGCACCGUAAAAGUGAACGGCACCCUGUCGUAUGCAUCGCAGGAGCCGUGGCUCUUCACUGGCACAGUUCGUCAGAAUAUACUGUUUGGUCUGCCCAUGGACAAGAGCCGCUAUCGUCAGGUGGUGAAAAAGUGCGCGCUCGAGCGCGAUUUUGAGCUGCUGCCGUACGGAGACAAGACAAUUGUGGGCGAGCGUGGCGCCUCCUUAUCGGGUGGCCAGAAGGCACGCAUCAGUCUGGCGCGUGCCGUGUACCGCAAGGCAGAUAUCUAUCUGCUGGAUGACCCGCUCAGCGCUGUGGACACCCAUGUGGGCCGUCAUCUAUUCGAUCAAUGCAUGCGUGGCUAUCUGCGGGAUAACAUUGUACUCCUGGUUACGCAUCAGCUGCAAUUCUUGGAGCAGGCCGAUCUUAUAGUCAUCCUGGACAAGGGCAAGAUCAGUGCCAAGGGUACCUAUGAGUCCAUGUGCAAGAGUGGUCUAGACUUUGCCCAAAUGUUAACCGAUCCCAGCAAGAAAGAUGAGAGCGCCGGCGAUGCGCCCGACAAACGAAAAUUAUCGCAGAUCAGCAAGCGCAGUCGCGCGAACAGUGUCUCAUCCAUGGAAUCUGGCGCCGAAUCUGUGGUCAUGGAGUCACCCAUGCAGACCCAGGAGAACCGCACCGAGGGACGCAUUGGCAUGGGUCUCUAUAAGAAAUACUUUGCUGCCAACGGUUACUUUCUGUUCAUUGUGUUUGCUUUCUUUUGCAUUGGCGCCCAGGUGUUGGGCUCUGGCGGCGACAUGUUCCUGUCCUACUGGGUAAACAAGAAUGGGGAAACGAAUACGGAUACCUUUAUGUCACGUCUGCGUCGCUCCUUUAUGCCGAGAAUCAAUAGCGAUACCGAUCCCGUCGAUAUAUACUACUUUACGGCCAUUAACGUCUUAGUGAUUGUGUUCUCCCUGGUGCGCAGUGUGCUCUUCUUUUAUCUGGCCUCCAAGAGCUCCACGACGCUGCAUAACAGAAUGUUCCAGGGUGUGACACGUGCGGCGAUGCAUUUCUUCAAUACAAACCCAUCGGGUCGCAUAUUGAAUCGGUUCUCCAAGGAUCUGGGUCAGGUGGAUGAGAUAUUGCCAUCGGUCAUGAUGGAUGUCAUGCAGAUAUUCCUCUGCAUUCUGGGCAUUAUUGUUGUGCUGUGCAUUGUGAAUGUCUGGUAUCUGUUGGUGACGUUUAUACUGGUCGUUAUCUUCUAUCUGCUGCGCGCCUUCUAUCUGACCACGUCCAGAGAUGUUAAGAGAUUGGAGGCGAUAACUCGCUCGCCCAUCUACUCGCAUUUGAGCGCCUCGCUGAAUGGUCUGGCCACGAUACGCGCUUUUGGCGCACAGAAGGAGCUCAUUGCGGAGUUUGAUAAUUUCCAAGAUUUGCACAGCUCUGGAUUUUAUAUGUUCCUGGCGACAAGUCGUGCCUUUGGCUACUGGCUGGAUUUGGUUUGCGUGCUUUAUAUUGCCAUAAUUACACUCAGCUUUUUCCUUUUCUCGCCAGAAAAUGGCGGCGACGUUGGCUUGGCUAUAACACAGGCCAUGGGCAUGACGGGCAUGGUGCAAUGGGGCAUGCGUCAGUCCGCUGAGUUGGAGAACACCAUGACUUCGGUGGAACGCGUCGUUGAAUAUGAGGAUCUGGAGCCGGAGGGCGACUUCGAGUCCAAGCCGAACAAGAAGCCACCCAAGGAUUGGCCCGAUGAGGGUAAAAUUAAAUUCGAAGAUCUGAGCUUGCGUUACUUCCCCGACAAGGAUGCGGACUAUGUGCUGCGCUCGCUGAACAUUGCCAUCGAUGCCUGCGAAAAGGUUGGCAUCGUUGGACGCACUGGCGCCGGCAAAUCGUCGCUGAUCAAUGCACUGUUCCGACUGUCCUACAACGAAGGCUCCAUUCUAAUCGAUCGCCGUGACACCAAUGAACUGGGCCUGCACGAUUUGCGCAGCAAGAUUUCCAUUAUACCACAGGAGCCGGUGCUGUUCUCCGGCACCAUGCGUUACAAUCUGGAUCCGUUUGACGAAUACUCCGACGCGAAACUCUGGGAGUCACUGGAGGAGGUCAAGCUGAAGAAGGUGGUGGCCGACCUGCCCAGCGGACUGAUGAGCAAAAUUUCCGAGGGUGGCACCAACUUCAGCGUGGGUCAGCGCCAGCUGGUGUGCCUCGCGCGUGCUAUUCUGCGCGAAAAUCGCAUUCUGGUCAUGGACGAGGCCACGGCCAAUGUGGAUCCACAGACAGAUGCCCUCAUACAGAACACGAUUAGGAGCAAGUUCAAGGAUUGCACAGUGCUGACAAUUGCGCAUCGUCUACACACGGUCAUGGACUCGGAUAAGGUUUUGGUUAUGGAUGCCGGACGUGCCGUUGAGUUUGCAUCGCCCUUCGAGCUGCUCACCGUCAGCGAGAAAAAGGUAUUCCACAGCAUGGUCAAACAGACGGGCGACGCCACAUUUGAUGCGCUGCUCAAGGUUGCACAAAAGGCGCAUGAGGAUAAUUUGCGCGCGAAAAAAGAUUCUUGACAUUUCGCUGUGCCAAAGGCUUUUAAAGACUACAUACUUAAGAUACUGGAACCAAUUACGAACCACCCGGCUGCCAAUGCGCGCAUACAAAAGACCUUUCUGUUUGCGGAGGCUUCCAAACAGAAACUAUUGGGGUAGCCCAAGAAUAAGUAAUGCAAAAACACACAACAAAAUAAAAACAAUUAAACAAUUAUAGUUAAGCAAACAAUUUUUGUAACACGCAGAUGUACAAAUCAAAUAUCACUAAAUGUUAGUUGAAUUGAUUAUAGAACUAUAGUACGAAAUGUAUGACAAUAAGC